UCUCGUUAAAACUUAUAACCACUUUAUAUUAUUAUUAAUUGAUGUUAUUUUCCAGCUGCAUGUAUUCUUUAUAUAAUAAUGACCAUGAUCAUCAUUAUGAGCUAAACCUUCAGCUCUUGUUCCUUUCCUCGUGUUCUUUUCUACUCUCUCAAUGUUAAUGCUCGUCAAAAUUUGAACUUUUGAUCCGGACACUAUUCAAAGGAAGAGAGUAUUGAGGAGCCUUAAGAGGAUUUCAACUAUGUAUGUUCUAGUGGCUGAUGAUGAUGGAUGGUGAAUUGGAAAAACAUUAUAUGUUUCAGUGAUUCAUGAAAAUUGUUUAAGAAUCCCUGAAGCUCUAAUUAAAGAGAUGAUGGGGUCCUUGUACUUAGAGAAGAAGUGGUUGUUCCCUCUCCUAAUAACUUCAGCUGUUUGCAUAUUGUUUCUUGUUGUGACCUCAAGCUUUGGUGUUGCAUCUUCAAUUCACUCCCUGAAUUCACUCUUUUUCUUUCUCCCGUCUCAUCAAGCAAACGAAACCACGGAUGUCAUGGAAAAAAAGGUUGCCCCUGCUCCAGCUCCAUCUGGUCCUGUGAUUCCCCGGUUUGCCUAUUUGAUUGCCGGCUCGAAAGGCGAUUUGGAGAAGAUUUGGAGGACUCUUCAUGCUGUUUACCAUCCGCUAAACCACUAUGUUCUUCAUUUGGACCUCGAGUCCCCGGUACAGGAAAGGAAUGAGCUUACUUUGAGAGUUGAGAAGCAGCAUAUCUUCAAUGAGAGGGGAAAUGUUUUUGUGAUUCAAAAGGCGAACAUUAUUACUUACACAGGACCAACCAUGGUUGCUGCUACCCUUCAUGCUUGUGCCAUUCUUCUAAAGAGAAGCAAAGAUUGGGACUGGUUUAUUAAUCUCAGUGCUUCAGAUUACCCUCUUGUGACUCAAGAUGAUCUUCUAUAUACUUUCUUGGAGGUAGAUAGAAAUCUUAACUUCAUUGAGCACACAAGUCGGUUACGAUGGAAGGAGAAAAAACGAGCGAUGCCUUUGAUUGUUGAUCCAGGGCUUUACCAGCCAAACAAAUCUGAAGUAUUUUGGGUCACUCCUAAUAGAAAUUUGCCAACAUCAUUUAGACUAUUCACUGGUUCAGCAUGGGUGAUUUUAUCGCGCGAAUUUGUUGAAUAUGUUAUCUGGGGAUGGGAUAAUCUACCAAGGACCCUUCUCAUGUACUACACUAAUUACGUUUCUUCCCCGGAAGGCUAUUUCCAUACUGUUGCGUGCAACUCGCCGGAGAUGGCUAAAACUGUUGUCAACAGUGACUUGCAUUAUAUUUCUUGGGACAUUCCUCCGAAGCAGCAUCCCCACAUCCUAACCAUCAAGGACACAGACAAAAUGAUCGCUAGUGGCGCCGCCUUUGCAAGGAAAUUCGUUAGAGAUGAUCCUGUUCUUGAUUUGAUAGACAACACAUUACUACAUAGGAGCCCUGGACUAUUCACAAUGGGAGGUUGGUGCUCAGGAAAACCAGAAUGUACUGAGCUUGGGGACAUAUAUAACCUCAAACCCGGUCCGGGAGCUGAAAGGCUUAAUCGCCUUGUUUCGCAGGUGGUUUUGAAUGCUAAAUCCAGUAAGUUUCAGUGUAUCUAGAUCCUAUUGGGAGCUUUCAUAUUGCUUGAGAUGGAAGAACAGACAAUGAAGGCGUUUUUUUUAUAUACAAAUUACAUAUUCGUGAGUCAUAAUAGUCGAUUUAAUCUUUUUUUGACACGUUACAUUAAUUUAUGAACGUAUUAACAAAGGUUAAAUCGACUAUCAAUAUGGAAUGGAUAGAAUGCCACCAAAUUAGGGACAUAACUCAUGAGAUUGGAGUUAAGGUGUACAUUAUUCAUAAGAUAGUUGGGAAACAUUUCAAUCCCACAUUGUGAACAUUUUAUGCAUAACAAAAAGAUUGGCAUCAUGAUAUUGCCAUCUUUCUUU